AUGGCUGUUGCAGGUCUGUUUGAGUCAAAAAGGCUUAAAGUAGCACAAACCCACCACCUUGUAAACCAGACUGGUUGUGUUGUUCCCAUGUCAGUCUUCCGGCUGGUGCUGCAGUUGGCUGUGAUUGGGUUUGGAGAAGCAUUCCAUUAUCCAGGACAAGUAACAUUAUACUACCAAGAAUUUCCAAAAUCACUACGAAGCACAGCAACUGCUAUGAUUUCACUGAUUAUGGGAAUUGCAUACUAUGUAAGCACUGCAUUCGUUGAUCUAUUGCAGAAGAUUACAGCAUGGUUACCAGACAACAUAAACAAAGGCAGGCUAGAUUAUGUCUAUUGGAUGUUCCCUCUGCUAGGGGCACUGAACUUCGGUUAUUUUCUAAUACGUACCAAGUUUUACAAGUAGCAGAAUGUGUCAAAAGGGAAUGAUGGUUACAACUCCAAUAGAUGAGGUAAGAUUUGGAUGGGCUUAUAUAUAUAUAUCUGAAGUUGUGGAGCUCCAAAUUACCAUUUGCUAGUGUGUCAGCAACUUAUUUCAUAAUAUCAAAGCACAAACAACUUAUGUGAGGAUUAAUCUCAAGGGAUUUUCCAUUAUCCAUCUUCAUCCAAAACCACUACUUUCUAUCAUAACUCUGAACUAUAUGUCAUUAUUUAUGUCUGCACUGUAGUAUGAUCAGUCAAAGCAUAAUACAUCUGGCUGUGAAGCUUUUAUAAAUUACCUUUUCUUUCAA